GAAGGCGGAUCAUGCUGUAACCAGGGUGCAUGUCCAGAUAUGUGAAGUUGGAAUUUGAAGAAUGGAGGUGCAGUUUGGCUUGUCCCAUUACUACAGACAAAGGGAAGGGGCUUCGGGGCUGUCUCGCACUCUGCAAUCAUCCGAGGUAUGGACUCCCCAACAAUUACCACAGCGUGUAACAGUGUCUCCAAAUCGAUAUGAAGAGUACCUUGCAACAACCGCUGUGCCACCUAGACUUCCAUGGGGAAGAGAGAGAGAAUAUGGAGGAAUAGGACCAGUAUCACUGCCCGAUGACCAUAGACCGAAAACUGAACCUCCACCAUUGGAGGCAAAGGGGCACAAACAUUAUGGCUAUGGUGGAGACACCUGGCCAAGGGGAAUUCCAAUAAAGCAGUACUAUGAAAUUACGCAGCUCAAAAAGAGUAAUGUUCGUGCUAGUGAUGACCUGUAUCCGAAACCACCUUCUGCUUCUAUUAAUGACAGACAACUUGAUGUGGAAUUUCCUGCAGAACAUCCCUACCAUUCCCACAUAUCCAAAUGUUCUAUGUUUCCGAACUUCGAGCCUCCAGAGGACCUGGCACAUUCCACUCCUGUACUGCACCCACAAUGCCCAGCACGGCCCUAUUCCACCAUUAUUUUGAGGAAAACAAAAGGAAAUCCAUACAGGCAUGAGGUGAUUUAUACUCCCCCUGGUUCACUAAAGGAACGUUUGGUAUGGCCAGGACAGGACGGAUUUUAUCAUUUUCCCAAAGGUCAUCAGGAGAAUGGACAGACUUUCUAUCCUACACCCCCGAAAACAAUGGCUCCUAAUGCUUUAUCUAAAUCUCACGAGGAAACAUUAUCUGAUAGGACAGUAAAUUUACAAAAAAAUAUAAUAAAGUCACAAUGGCUAACAUCAUACAACCGCAGCUUCACUGGUCAAGGUGAAAUGAGCCCUUUGCAACUGGAUGACUUUCAUCAGAAGCGUUAUGACCAAAUCAUAGGACAGAAAGAUGAAAACACAGAGCUGAAACAGACAUUUACAUCUGCCAUUUUACAAGGAAGACCACAGGAGGGUCAAAAUGAUUAUUUACAAGAUGGACGUCAGAAACCUGGAAUGAGAGAGGAGCUACAGAAAGCAUAUUCAGAACUUCAGCCUUCACAAAGCAGUGAAGCUCAUUGUGUUGAAAGUGAUACCUAUCAGCCCACUCAUUCUACAAGGCUUCCUGAGUUUGGCAAUGAUUCUUUGGCAUUCUAUUGUGACUCGCGUAAAUACCCUACAGAGCAGGAAGCCGUAUGCUAUACGCCCUUAAAGGUUCCACCAGAUUUUCGUAAAAUAACUGAUACAGAACUAUUCGAUGCUUUGUACAGAAGGCAGCUUACUCCAAAGUCUACAACAGUUGAAGAAAACCAGAAGCCUCCAAAAUCAUUAUGUUAUGAAGAUAUACAACCAAGUAAACUAGCUAACUUUAUGAUUUCGAAUAAGCCAUUUAGUCUUCCUAAACCACUGAUAAAGAACAAACCUGAGUGUGACGCGCAGGUAACUAAAAUCUUGAAAGCUGAAGAAAACAAACAUAUUGCAAGAAUGCCACCCACCAGAGUAAUUUCUGGCAAAGAAAUAAAAAGGCCUCGAACAGCCUCUCUGGAACUUCAAGACUCGUACAUUAAGUCAGAAGUGUGCAAGAAGUUUCAUCAGAAUUUUCCAGAGAAAACAAAGGAUCUAAGAAAAAAUCACUACUCUGGGAAAAAGCAUACUUUCUAUGGUUUCAAUUCUUUUUAUUUCCAUAAUUAACACUGCUGAUGUGUAAAAACAGACAUAUA